AUUUACAGCUCGCACACAGGUAAUAGGACGCCAGAGCGAGACAGCGAGAGUGGGCGGCGUAUCUUAUCGGACUUUGUGCUCCGAGCGCUUAUCACAUGGCCCUUGACACACCUGUCCGCAGCUCCCGCUCCCGCUCCCUUCGUUCCACCGAUCCACGCUCUUCUAUUUCCAGUCGCCGAUAAGUCUUGGCCAAAAGCCAGCGACGCGCCAUGAUAUGACAGUUGGCCUAAGGCCUUUUCAUGGAGCGAGUACCCUCGCCGGUGCUCGCGCAUCCACGUGGAUAUACCGUUUACUGCGAUCCCAAAAUGUCGAAUGUGCCACCCUACUUGGUGUUCUUCUUCCUGGCCUUCAUCUCGUGUGCCCUCACCUUCUGCUGCCUGAGAUUUUGCAUUUGGGUGUGCUGCGAGGCCAGGGAUUCCAGGAGUCGCGGACGCAGACAUGACCGAAAUGCUUUUAACGCCCCGGAGGAUCCGUCAGCGAACCGCUAUGGCGACAUAUUCUUCAUUGAGCCCGGCAGCGUGGAGGCCAACCGCAUUCGCGAUCAACUGGAAAAGGAUGAGAAGGAUCUGCCCAGCUACGACGAGGUGAUGCGCAUGUGCAACCUGACCACACCCACAGCAGCGGCGGCUGGACCACCUGUUCCCCCAUCGCCUCUCGGCGAACCCGGUCCCAUUGGAAUUGCGGCACUGCCGGCUCCACCGUACUCGGAAACAGAUCCACAUGCCCCAUCCGCCGGAGGAGUCACUGUCAUCGCGAUGGAAACGAUGGAGCCAUCUACGUCCCGCGCGGCACAAAUCCCGCCCAGCUCGGGAUCGGGUCCACCUGCUCCUUUGCCAACGACAACGGUGUGAUCCGUUGGAGGCAUGGAGAAAUGGAACUGAAGCAUUCGCCGUGCCACUCUGGGCCACACAGAUGCCACUUUGUGUGCGCUUCCAGUACAGAAAUGAACUUGUGUGAUCUUAUUGAGUACAUACCUAUUUAAGUUCUAGAGAUUAAGAGUCGCAUAUUGUAAAUACAUAUUUUUAGGACAUAGGUUGAAAAUUAAAGUGAGUUAUUUAAUUGAAA